AUGUCCAACGCCAGCCUCGUGACAGCGUUCAUCCUUAUGGGCCUUCCCCAUGCCCCAGUGCUGGACACCCCCCUCUUUGGAAUCUUCCUGGUGGUUUAUGUGCUCACUGUGCUGGGGAACCUCCUCAUCCUGCUGGUGAUCAGGGUGGAUUCUCACCUCCACACCCCCAUGUACUACUUCCUCACCAACCUGUCCUUCGUUGACAUGUGGUUCUCUACUGUCACGGUGCCCAAAAUGCUGAUGACCUUGGUGUCCCCAAGUGGCAGGGCUAUCUCCUUCCACAGCUGCGGGACUCAACUCUAUUUUUUUCACUUCCUGGCGAGCACCGAAUGUUUCCUCUACACGGUCAUGUCCUAUGAUCGCUACCUGGCCAUCAGUUACCCGCUCAGGUACACCAGCAUGAUGAGUGGGAGCACGUGUGCCCUCCUGGCCGCCUGCACUUGGAUCAGUGGCUCUCUGCACUCUGCUGUCCAGACCACAUUGACUUUCCAUUUACUCUACUGUGGACCUAACCAGAUCCAGCACUACUUCUGUGACGCACCACCCAUCCUCAAACUGUCCUGUGCAGACACCUUAGCCAAUGAGAUGGUCAUUUUUGUGAACAUUGGGGUAGUGGCCUCAGGCUGCUUCCUCCUAAUAGUGCUGUCCUAUGUGUCCAUCGUCUGCUCCAUCCUGCGGAUCCGCACUUCAGAAGGAAGACGCAGAGCCUUUCAGACCUGUGCCUCUCACUGUACUGUGGUCCUUUGCUUCUUUGGCCCUGGUCUUUUCAUUUACCUGAGGCCAGGCUCCAGGGAUGCCGUGGAUGGGGCUGUGGCUGUUUUCUACACUGUGCUGACUCCCCUUCUCAACCCUGUUGUGUACACCCUGAGAAACAAGGAGGUAAAGAAAGCUCUGUUGAAGUUGAAAAAUGGGUCAGUAUUCACUCAGGGUAAAUAAUCAAGAAAGGCCAGAUAUACCUAACUUUUCUUUUUUUAUUUGUAAUUAAACCUUCAACAUGAGCAUUAUACUUGA